CUAAACACUUCAAGAUGCUUAAAACAUUUUCUAGUAAUUACAUGUAUGACUAAGAUUCAGGGCUGCGUUUUACAAAAGAACUUACGACUUACGACAAAAUAAUGAAUGCUUAUUAAUCACAAACUAAUCAAUGAUUUAUUCUUAUGGCUGGAAAAUAUAACUAUGAAAAUUGAAAUAUUUGUAAACAAAUAGUUUGUUCUCUAAAGAUCAUUCUACGAGGCUGUAAAUUUUUACGACUUUGUCGUAAGUUCUUUUGUGAAAUGCAGCCCUGCAAGUCUGUUACGUUAAAAAGUAUGCCCAGAUGCACCGUCCAUGCAAAAUAAGUAAAGUUAUAAUCGGCAAUAUAGGACCUUUUCCAAAAUAGUUAACCAGGGUAGAGCAUAGGCUCACGCCAACAUCGUAUCGGAAAUUAAAGCAAAAGGAAUCCAAAAUAUAUAUGACCACUUAAUUAUAAACUAAUAUCAAUAUACAUGUAACAUACCUACUUGUGAAAAAUAUGGGCUAUUCUAUUAUAGUUAUUGCCGAAAUCAAAGAGACAUUAUUCUCCAAUAUACCACGAACGUCAUCAGUAAAUUAUCAGAUUAGAAUUACCUAUUUGUCUCCAAUGUCUCGCACUGAUCAUGAAAGUACAACUUCAAACCGUAAAAAGGUUUAAAACCAUGCAAUUUCACAUUUUAGUUCCAGUCAAAACGAUGUGUUUUGCCUCAAAUGUUUAUUUUUAAGAAAGCAAUGCGGCUGUUCGUAGGAUCUCCCUACAUGUAGCACAUUUUCACUGCGUGUUUUUACCUAAAAUUUAUAACGUGUAGUAGUAAUAAUCGUAUUAAAUUGCCCUUAAAAUAUUAGGAAUAUGAUUCAAACAUACUUUAUAAAUAAGUGAAGAGUAUUAAAAAUCCAAAGAAACUUUUGAUCGAUUCACAUGUAAACAUUACCAACAAAACCGUUGGGGUUACACGGAACAGCUUUCAAAAUGACCUAGAUUGUCUCUCUAUAGGAGAAAACUGUAGAAAUACUGGGCUGUUAGAAGAAUAGAAAUAACGCCUCGGCUUUUAUAAUUCAAAACAACAUUUCUCGACCUCGGAGGUUAUUCUGCAACAUUCACGAAAACUCUACUUUAUUUCUUAAGUAUUUUGAUUGGAAGCAAAAAUACACAAUUCUGUCUUCUCUAACUUAAGAUGAAGAUUAAUAUCGUUCAAGUAAAGAACUAUUCAGUAAAUGCUGUAAACCAAGAAACUUAUUUUCAUAAUUAGAACAAAAACCUUAUUUUCCAUGGAUACUGAAACAUUUAUUUUUUGUAUAUUUGUUUCUAAAAUAAAAAUUGUAUGUAAUGCUAAUACUGGCUUUUAUUGUAUUCUCAAAGAGGACCACACUGCUAAAACUGAAUGAUCCCGUCAUUUAAGCUACACGAAUUUAAGCAUUCCUGAAAAUUCUUUUAAGUGAUAUUUUUAAAUAUUAACACAGUUAUUUUCUUUUUAAAUGGAAGUUAAUUUAAUCAUAAACACAAUCCAAAAUCGCCCCUCUACCAUACGUGUACAUGUGUUAUUUUUUUAUAAACAAACUACGCAGUCAUUCUUUACCGUUCUCGAGAUAUUCGGAAAAGAGAAAGAUUGAAAAUACAUUUUACAAAAUAAAAUUGUCAAAGUGCGUGUGUUAAUUUCUGAAUGUAAACUGAAUUUGUUUAUUCAUUUAACAAAAUAAAAUUGUCAAAGUGCGUGUGUUAAUUUCUGAAUGUAAAACUGAAUUUGUUUAUUCAUGCGAUCGUGUGGGUAAAUGAUGUCUUUGUAUUUGUGAGGGAAAUAAAAACAGCAUUUAAAUCUUUGUUGUAAAAGUUAGAUUCCUGUUCUUUGAGUAUCUAGGGCUCUUUUAUCAUUAUGCAUAUUGAUGAAAAAUCAAUAUCACAUAGACCGCAAUGCAGAAUAAUUUCACCAGUUUGAUAUAAAUUGGACAAAGUCAUCGUAAUUCAAACACAGUAUGAGUCGGUUUGUACCCGGAAGUUUUAUGCACCCUUUAACGUUCAUCUUGACAUUACCUAUGACUACAUUACUUCUACUCAAAAUGUGGCUACAGAAACUAGCUGGAUUGAUGUUAAUGGUGGCGAUACUGUGGAUCGCUGUGGAGAGUAAGAGCUGUGCUGAGGUAGAUUUAUGUUGCAGUGGUCAUAACUCGACCUGUCUGAACCACAGAGGGGACCCGGGGCGCGCUGAUCGCUGUUUUUGUGACGAAGUGUGUCUUGAGUUUGGAGAUUGUUGUGGGGAUUACCUGGCUACCUGUUUACUUCAAGGUGUUCAAACAAAAGGUCAACGAAGCAAAAGGUCGGCAGGAAUGCGUUGUGAACCAGUGGAUCUUAUGCUUGUGAUGGACGAAUCUGGAAGCAUUGGUCCAGACAACUUUCAGAAAAUGAAAAUUUUCGCUAGAGAUCUUCUGCGAAAUUUCAAAAUUGGACCUUACGAUAUGAGAGUAGCUGUGAUCAAAUUUAGUACCUCUGCAGAUCGUGUUUUUAAUUUCUAUACAUACUCAUCAUUUGAAGAUAUAAGUGCAGCUUUGUUAAACAUUGCUUACGUCGGUGGUGGUACCAAUACAGCAGAAGCGUUGCGUCUAGCACGUAAGACUACCAUCCAUAGACGUCAAAAUGCAGUAACUGCUGCUAUAGUUUUAACUGAUGGACAAUCGUUUAAUGAAGAAAUAACAAGCCAGGAAGCACAACAUCUGAAGAACGACACAGGAACCAAGGUAUUUAGUGUUGGGAUCGGUAAUUACAUUUCAAUGCGUGAAUUGAGAUCUAUUGCCAGCACCCCUGAGUCGCAAUACCUGAUAACCACAUCGAAUUUCAACGAAUUGUACAACAAAGUUCAGCAGUUCAUCAGUGGAUUAUGUCGUGACGAAGAUGAGUGUGCAGCUUCGCCCUGUGCCAAUGGGUUAUGUGUAAACACCUUUGGUUCCUAUCAUUGUAACUGUAACAGUGGAUGGGAAUCAUUCCAUUGUGAUCAAGACAUCAACGAAUGUGCCACAUCACAUCCAUGUCAACAUGGAGAUUGUACCAACACUCCCGGGAGUUUCUUCUGCACUUGUCAUACUGGAUUCACCGAUCCAUACUGUAGCACGGAUAUUGACGAGUGUCUCUCACUUCCUUGUACACACGGCACGUGUCACAACAGUCAGGGCUCAUAUAGCUGCACGUGCGAUAGCGGAUGGACUGGCUUUAACUGUGAUACUGACAUUGAUGAAUGCUUGGUUCAACCAUCUGUUUGUUGUAAUGGAGACUGUACUAAUACAGCAGGGUCAUUUUCUUGCGGUUGUCAAGCAGGCUGGACCGGAAGUGCUUGCGAAAAAGAUAUUGAUGAGUGCAAUUCCACGCCAUGUCAGAAUAAUGGAGUAUGUAUAAAUUUGCCGGGGUAUUUUCUUUGCAAUUGUCGUGAUGGAUUUUCCGGCAAUCUCUGCCAAAGUGAUGUCGAUGAAUGUUUGUUAUCUCCUUGCAAAAACGGUGGAGUUUGUCAGAACCUCCAAGGAGGCUAUGUUUGUGACUGUGAUCAUCAGGGAAAGUACAUUGGGAAACACUGUGAAAUGGAGCUAGACGAAUGUCUAUUAUCUACCCCAUGUCUGAACAAUGGAAAUUGCACUAGCAGCAAUGGUUCAUAUGCGUGUGGUUGUGCAACUCACUGGAAAGGAAACUUCUGUCAAUUUCCAUCUGUUGCGUGCGAUUCUUCGCCUUGUCAGAACGGAGGAACUUGUUUACAUUUCAAUUCAUCUUUUACCUGUGUUUGUCCUGGCGGAUAUACUGGUGAAAACUGCGAAAUAGACAUCAGCGAGUGUGAAAACGAUUUAUGCUUUAACAAUGGAACAUGUAUAAUUACGAAUGGCAGCUAUGUAUGUAAUUGUACAAAAAAAUUUCAAGGACAGAACUGCUUGGAAGUUGUCAAUGAGUGCUCUUCGUCUUCAUGCAACAGCAAUGGGCAUUGUGUUAAUCUUGAAGCAGGUUAUACUUGUAUUUGUCAACUUGGCUUUGAUGGCGAAAAAUGCGAGUCAGGGCCUUGCAAACUUAAUCCAUGUUACAACAAUGGUACAUGUAUUCCUCACGGACUAUCUGCAUUUUGCGCAUGCAUGGCGGGAUUCUCGGGAGAAAAUUGUUCACAAGACGUGGAUGAGUGUCUGUAUGACCCAUGUGGUGACAACUUUACUUGCAAAAACACCGUAGGUGGCUAUGAAUGUUUGUCCUGUGCCACGUCUGACAAUUGUUCUUACCAAUCGCAAAACACACUGUGUGGUCAACAUCCUUGCCAAAACGAAGGCAUCUGUAUUGGAGAGAAUUCCACGUAUUCGUGUUUGUGUAAAACGGGAUGGUCAGGGAACAAUUGCGAAACAGAGCUAGACGAUUGUAGGAAUGUUUCGUGUCUUAAUGGAGGGACCUGUAAUUCCAGUUUUGGAAAUUUUUCAUGUGUCUGUCCCAUGGGAUACUGGGGUGAAUUUUGUGAGCUUGAUGUUGAUGAGUGCGAAAUUUCUCCAUGUUGGAACAAUGGAACGUGUGUAAAUUUACUUGGAGGAUACCAAUGCAACUGUUCUGACGAUUUUGAUGGCGACCAAUGUGAAACAGAGAUGAACAUGUGUGUAUCUAACCCAUGUCUUCACGGUAACUGCUCCGCUACCCCUGGAUCAUUUGUGUGCCACUGCCACACAGGCUGGACAGGCUCCAGGUGUGGGGAAGACUUAGAUGAGUGUGAGUUUGGAAUGUGCGGAUUAAACGGGACUUGCUCAAACACUGCGGGCGCUUACUCGUGUCGCUGCUCUGACGGGGUGACCGGCCAGAAUUGUGACACAGAUUUAGACGAAUGCCUAAGCGGACCUUGUCUCAAUGGAGGACACUGCAUCAAUCUAGUCAAUGGAUACUAUUGCGUUUGUCAACCAGGAUACAGUGGGGCAAGCUGUGAACUGGAUAUUGAUGAAUGUGCAUUGGGAAUCUGUAACAAUGGGGCUUCCUGUGUAAACACUGGUGGUUCAUUUCUCUGUACCUGUGGUACAGGUUGGACGGGAAAUACCUGUCAGGAAGACAUCAACGAGUGCAUUUUGAGUGGCUGUUCUAAUAAUGGGACGUGUGUCAACACCAAUGGGUCUCACAUCUGUCAGUGUACUGAGUAUUUCAAAGGAUCGUACUGCGAAGAAGAUGUAAAUGAGUGCGUUGAAUACCCUGGAAUCUGUAAGAAUGGUGGAACUUGUGAGAAUCUGUGUGGUGAUUACAGAUGUCACUGUACUGGGGGAAAUCAAGGCACGCACUGUGACGGAGACAUUGAUGAGUGUAAGGAAUACAAGCCUUGUAAGAAUGGAGGGAACUGUACGAAUACAAAAGGUUCCUUCUUCUGUACUUGCAAUUCAAACUACACUGGGGCCCUCUGCAAUGAAGAUGUUGAUGAGUGUUAUCAAAAUCCCAGCAGGUGUAAUAACGGAGAGUGUCAGAACUUUUAUGGUGGGUUUCUUUGUUCCUGUCACACUGGAUUCACUGGAGCCCUCUGUAAUACAGAUUUAGACGAAUGUGAUUUGAAGCCGUGCAGCAAUAAUGGAUCCUGUGUUAAUACUCUCGGAUCGUAUCACUGUAAUUGUGUUGAUAGCUGGGACGGGCCACUAUGUGAACAUGAUUUAUGCAAUACAAAGGCUACCAAACUAGUCUUUGCGGUAGAUACCUCCUUCAGCUCAACUGGUGAAAUAUUCCACAAACAGCUCCAGUACAUAACAGACGUUGUGUCAAGAAUUACAAUCUCCGACGUCAAAUUUAAAGUGGCGGUCAUUUCCUUUGGUUCCACGGCAAAGGUAGCCAUCGAUUUUGAUUCAUAUACUAACAAUACAGAGCUCCUUGAUCAAGUGAAUAAGAUGCCAUUCAUGAACGGAACCACAAAUAUACCAGCAGCUUGUAGCGAGAUAAAGAAAAUUAUAGAACUGACUUCGUGGAGAUCUCAGUUCGUGUUUUUGUUCACAGACGGAAUGCCCAGUUCUUUGAGUGAUGCAGUCAAUUCUGUGAAUAAUUUGAGGGCUUAUCUUGAAAUAUCCAGUGAUCAAAAUGAAGUCUAUCUUAUUGCUUUCGGUAAUGAUGUCAGACACGAGGGUUUCCAUCAGCUUUCCAAAAAUUCCCGACACAGUGAUGUAUUUCCAAGCACAAAUUUGGAACCCUUGUUCAACGUUUUCCAGAAACGAGUAAAUGUAACGUGUGCAGCCUGUGAAGUCAGACGGGACGUUGAUUUGGUACUUGUCUUGGAUACAUCGAGCAUUCAACACCCAACCACAUACCUGGCCAGCCGAAACAUUUUCCUUCAGCUACUCGCGGCAAUGAACGAGUUUGUUUUCUUGGGCCAAGGAUACGUGCAGAUUGGCGUGGUUCACUAUUCGGACAACGCCACGGUGUUUAUGCCUUUGAAUUUUACCCACGAUUUGAAUACAUUUGCCAGUACUUUCCAAGCUUCGUUGCAAGAUAACUUUAACAGCUCGUCAAACUUGUCGAACGCUCUUCAAUUCAUUCAGAAGGAAAUGUUUACGACAAAACAUGGAGCCAGAGACCAUGCCUCAAAAUAUGUUGUUCAUGUCUUUAAUGGACACGACACAAACAUUACAGAGUCCAUUUGUAUUGUUGAAGACAUGACAAAAAAGGGAAUUAAUAUUUUGUCUAUUGGUAUAGGAACGAAAUACCAAGAUUCGGAUGUGUUAAAAACGGCUACUAGUCCAUUCCAUGCUUAUUUCUCUGAGCUGGACUUUUCAACAAACCAGUGGAACUUGACAAAUACUGAGCUUGAAUUUGUCAAGAAAUUUAACAGUCGAUUAGAAUGUACAAGUAGAAUUAAUGCUUAAAUUCUAUAUCAAAACUUCUUAAUUUGCAGUAGUUUGAUGCGUUGUGAGACAUUUGUCUCUUUGCAAGUAGUUUUCAUUAGAACUUGUGAAGCGAACUUCUAAUUAUAUGUUCAGAAACUGAAGGGAGUAACAUUUCAAUUUCAACAUAGUUUGGAUAAACUAAAGAAGUUAUUUCUGUUUUCAUUAAUGUAUCAUUUAGAAAUUUCAUCAAAAAGUGCGAAAACAACAACAAAUCAAGUGGAUGUGCCUUCACCUAGAAAAAAUCACCUUAGCAUAAUAAGAUAAAUUGGACCCCAAAUAAAAGUUGCACUUGUGAAACAAAAUGUGUCGAAAAUGAAGAAAGAGAACGGAGAAAGUUAAAAUACAGGCAUGUAUCAUACAUUGUGCAAUUCGAGAAGAUUCGUUGAACACUGCGCUAAAUGGACUCGUACUAUGUGCCAUUCAGUAAACUUCAUGGCAACUUAAAUGUCUGGAAUGGUGACUUUUUAGAAUAGUCAAGGCAUACAAUCACCUUAUAGUUACAUUUUAGUCAUGUUUUUGUUGACUGAAUGACAAAGCUUCAUUUUGUACUGGUUAUUGUAGAUGGAAGUUAAAUUACGAUAUGAAUACGAUUUGGCAUAUUUUUGUGCUUGCAAUUCAAAAUACUGACAUUUCUAUCAAGAAUGUCAGAAGUCUGACAGUGUUUGUUUCGAAGAAAGUGUUAAUAUCAGAACGAAAAAAACAUAUUACAGAAAAAUGGUUGUUCAGCUAAAAUAUGAUGACAAAGUAUACAAAGCUUAAAAUGCUCUUAGUUAUAUUGAAUAACAUUAGUUAAAAUUGAGAUAACCUUAUUUUGACCUGUCUGCAACGUUGUUUUAACAUCUUAGAUUUUCAGAUACUAAUUAUGAUAGGAAUGUUUUUUUUCUUUCAUGGAAAUAAAAAUAAUUUCUAGCGAUGGUUGUUGACAGCUUUAAUAAAUGGUUUGUUUUAUAUCAGAUGGCAUAUUCUCUAUUUGAUCUAGAUAUGCUAUAAAGGAAUUAUUAAACAAUAAAAGUUAAAUU